CCGAGGCAAUCCACGAAAGCCGAAUCGCAGCCCUUACCUAGAGGGACGAGCUAAGCGAGACCGAACCGGCGAGCCAGCGAAUGCAGCAUCGAGCAAGCAACACCGACGUGACCGGGCCGAGACCCGGCAGAGCCCAGGCCGAGAGCCAGGCCGACGACCAGCGACCCGGCCGAGUCUAAGGUCGACCCCUCGGAGCCGACCCCCGGCCGAGCAGCAUGCCUCGAGCCAGCCGCUACCCGCGACGCCUACCGGCCGAGCGUCCAUCCGGCGAGCCCGGCCGACCCCGGCCGAGCCCCGGCAGCCCGCGAGCCCGUCCGAUGCCCUCGAUCGUACACUCGAGCGCAACCUCCACACCGUACCUUCGAGCCCUGCGAACCCUGCAUCCCCGAUCCCCUAA